AUGUUGGAAACUCCAACAAAAAUAGGCUCUGAAUGCUGGGCGCUGAAAAAGCACCAAGAGCAGAAACUCAAUGUCGCAGAAAUGAAAAUGCUAAGAUGGGUUGGUGGCAUAACAAUGCUGGAUCACAUCAAAAACAUCCACGUUCGAGGUAGUUUUAAGGUGACUCCCAUACAGGAGAAGAUUUUAGAGAGCCGCCUAAGGUGGUACGGUCAUGUCAUGCGGCGACCAUCAGACCACAUGACAAGAACAGUGCUUGACAUAAGUACCCAGCUCAGAAGACGUGGCAGACCCCAUCUCACAUGGAUGUCCGUUAUUGAGAGGGAUAUAAAAAGCGCCAAAAUAACAUCCCUGACGAGCCAGGACAGAACGUCCUGGCGAAGACUGACCAGACUGGCCGACCCCAAAUAA